UCGGAAUGGUCCCGUCUCCCGCCAUUUUCGGGGCUUCGUUCGGGCGUCGCUCGGAGCCCGGGCCUGACGUUUUCCGCGCGUCUUUCUGAAGAGAAAGGAGGUGGUGGUGGUUAUUAUGCUCUCUCCCAAGAAACGGCCCGCCCAGCCUCGCAGCGCCCAGUGGGUGCUCGUUGCGCCAGAGUCUCUUACUGAUCUUCCUAAGAAAGUUGAAGAUGGACCUGUGUUUACAAGACUUCACAACCCCUGUACAGGGGAAGCAGCGCUCUACUUGUUCAAUCGCCCGGCACAGCAGCUGUUAGAAGUAAAAGCCUUCCACGAAGAAUGCCAUUCUUGGUUUAUAGGCCAGACAGUUCAGCAUGAUGGCCGCCUUUUGUUUGCAACCCCAGUGGACCCUUUAUUUCUUAUUCUGCAUUACAUCAUAAAGGCAGAGAAAGAGCAAGGGAAGUUUCAGCCAUUAGAUCAGGUGGUGGUUGAUCCAGAGUUUCCCAACUGUGUCAUGCUGCUGCUCAACACCGAAGUUCGCAAGUCACUCCACCAUGUGACCGAGGAGAAAGAAAUUAGCGGCAAUAAAUUUUACAAGUUCAGCAAAGAGAAAACAUUGAAGUGGCUGAAGAAAAAGGUUGACCAGACUGUGACAGCAUUAAAAAACAGCAGUGUGAGCGUGGGCGAUCGUGUUCUCUCUGCUACAUUCAUCACGCGGGAUCAUGCUUCAAGCAUUAAAGAAGAGGACUACGUUCGUUAUGCCCAUGGUUUGAUAUCCGAAUAUAUUCCUAAAGAUUUAAGUGAAGAUUUAUCCAAACACUUACAGCUUCCGGAGCUUUCCACUCCAACACCAGAACCUCCAUUAAAGAUGGCAGCACAAAGACGACAAAGGAAGAAAUGAUGGUUUCAGCAUAAGGCUUGGCUCUUUUCUUUAUAAUUUCCUUCUUAUAAAGAACUUUUAAAUAUGUCUUAGUUCAUUUAGUGAAAAUUUUCAAAAAUGCAGUUUUAGAAAACAUGUGAAUGCCCCAAAAACAUUCUUUAAAAUAUCUGGUAUUUACUGGAGGCCUUGUUUUAGGCAAUUUUAUAGAAGAAUAGAUCUCGCUAUGAAGUUUUUGUUGUAGCUAGAGCUUAUAAAGCCCUUCGCUGCUAUAAUUCCCUAUAAAUGAAAAUACUAAUUUGCCCUUAAUCUACAUAUUAUUAGAGCAUAACAAUCUAUCCGUCAAUCAUGUUUAUUGAGCACCUUAUUGGGUGCAGAGCACUGCCUUAAACAGAUGUUGAGAAACUAGUUUGCCAUUCCCUCCUAUCUUCCAAAAGAGGCCAGGCAUGGUUCUUCAAAAUUAAAAAGUCUGGACAGGAAAGGUUCCAAACUUAAAUGGAGAGAUCCUCUUUCAGUUUCACAUAAGUCACUUAAUCAAUCAUUUUAUGGAGUGCAUAUUGUAUCCAGAGCACUGUACUAAGCACUUGGGA